CCCCCAGCCUGCUAAACCCUAAAAAUUAAUCCUUCUCAACGACAGAGCCUCCUCACCCCCAUAGCCGACCCCACAGAGCUGAGCUCUCCCGAAACCCCUCCCUUCGGUCUGCAUCGGAGGUUCCAAGAGAGAUGCAGAUCUUCGUGAAGACCCUAACGGGGAAGACGAUAACCCUCGAGGUCGAGUCCAGCGACACGAUCGACAAUGUGAAGGCCAAGAUCCAGGAUAAGGAGGGCAUCCCGCCGGACCAGCAGCGGCUCAUCUUCGCCGGGAAGCAGCUUGAGGACGGCCGGACCCUCGCCGACUACAACAUCCAGAAGGAGUCGACGCUCCACCUGGUCCUCCGACUCCGGGGCGGCGCCAAGAAGAGGAAGAAGAAGACGUACACGAAGCCCAAGAAGAUCAAGCACAAGAAGAAGAAGGUGAAGCUAGCGGUGCUGCAGUUCUACAAGGUGGACGACUCCGGGAAGGUCCAGCGGCUGAGGAAGGAGUGCCCCAAUGGCGAGUGCGGGGCCGGGACUUUCAUGGCGAACCACUUCGAUCGCCACUACUGCGGUAAGUGUGGCCUCACUUACGUUUACCAGAAGGCCGGCGGCGAUUGAAGCCCUCGAUUCCGUCAAAGUUAGCAGCUUUUUUUGUCGUCUCAAUAAUGAGAUCUUGUUAGGGUUUAUCUUGGACUGAAUGUUGGAGUUACUGUUGAGUUGAAGCGAUGACACUCUGCUGUGGAGAUGGAAUUAUAUGUUUUACUUUGAUAACAACAGCAUAAGCUCUUGAAUCGUAUUAGCUUUUGAUCAAAAUUGGUCUAAUGGAAAUCUCGUUGCCAUCUUUUCUGUA